AUGGGAAAGGUCAGUUUUCCGUACGCCAUUGACCAUUUUAAGCCUGAGACUGACUGUACCCGAGAGCUGGUGCAAGUUGGACCUAAACGCUAUGUAUUCCCAGGUGUAUAUAAAGAGCUGGCUUCACAAUAUUACAAUUUCGAACUCCGCCCAGAUGAUAUAUUCUUAUUAGGAUUUCCCCGAUCAGGUACAACAAGGUGUCAGGAGGCAAUAUGGCUGUUAAAUAAUAAUUUAGAUUACGAAAAGGCACAAUCAGCUGUUAUCGAUGACAGGUGUCCUCUAUUAGAGUUAGAGAUACAGUAUUCUACUCUUUCGGUAUCUGAAAAUAAUCUAGAAGAUGACCUAUUAGAAAAAUCUGCACCAUUAAAAUCUCUUCCGAAAGCUACAUCACCUAGGUUCAUAAAAAGCCACAUGCCACUCACUCUGUUACCACCUUCUCUUCUUGAUACAACAAAGGUUGUCUACUUGGCGAGAGAUCCAAGGGACGUAGCCGUAUCGUAUUACAACAUUUUAAAACUUAAAUUGUUUAAAGACAUUGAUUUCGAACAGUAUUGGAAUGAUUUUCGAAAUGGCGAAAUUAUUCUGACACCGAUAUUUGAGCACAUCAAGGAAGCUUGGGAACAAAGAAAUCAUCCUAAUCUCUUCUUCCUGACUUACGAAGACAUGACAAAAGAUCUGCCUUCAACUCUUCGAGAAAUGUCCGAGUUCUUCGGUAAGAAAUACACGAAGGAACAGAUCCGUGGUCUGAGCCAGCAUCUCAGUUUUGACAAUUUCAAGUCAAAUAAAUCAGUCAAUGGCGAACAAACUUUACUGAAAACAUACGGCGUUAUCAAUGAUGGAGCCAAUUCCUUUAUAAGAAGAGGUAAGAUCGGGGGUUGGGAAGAUUAUUUCAGUGACGAGUUAAAAAUAAAUGCUGAGCAAUGGAUGGCUGAAAACCUUGCCGGCACCGACUUGCCUUUUGUAAUUUAA